GUCGAAGUGCUUAUCCACUCUGCUGGCUUUAAUACUUCGACAGUCAACAACAACAGUCAAACAGUCAACAACAACCAACACAACAGUCAACAACAACCAACCAACAACCAACCGAAGAAACAAUCGAAAGCCGAUGUCAUCCUCAAUACCCUACUCCCUCAUCCAGAAACUUACUCAGCCAUCAUCAUCAUCUUCAUCACUACUCAGUCGAACGAACAGACUGUUUCACCAUCAAAGCCCAUCGACGAGCAUCCAUCCUGGACAAACUGGCAUCCUACUCCGAAGAUCUAUCAGCCAUCGAUUCUCUCACUCGCAACCCUCCUCAAGCCAUCAGGAGCAUCCAAGCAUCUCUCUCAAUCAAACUAGAAAUCUUGAAAUAUCAAAUUCCAAUCAAGUCAUCCAUCAAUCCAUCUCAAGCGUCAAUCAGAACAACCUCAAACUCCCCCGAUCCUCCUCCUCAACAAUCUCGCAACCCUCAGAACCAAGUCAUGAAGAUAUCCUCAUCAACUCACUCCCCACUUCAUACAACUCCUCCUCAACAACAACAACAGCAUCAUCAUCAUCAUCGCUAGAACCUCCAUCAUUUGAACCACUUCAGACCCAGCGGGAGACCACAUCGAGUGCCCCGAACUUAACCCAACAGAGUCCUACAAAAGCACCAACUUCUCAAGUCAAAAGAACGACUCGGACGAGCAAGCCAGCCAAGCAAGUUAUCAACCUGACUCCUAGAGCUAUUGGCCAUCUGUCGACUCUAUUGGAUGGUCCUAAUCCGAAACUGAUCCGGAUCGGGGUGAAGAACAAAGGAUGCGCAGGGAUGGCAUACAACCUAGACUAUGUCGACCAGCCGGGAAAGUUCGAUGAGGUGGUGGUGACGAAGAAUGAAGAGGGAAAAGAAAUCAAAGUGUUGAUCGACUCGCGGGCCUUGUUUAGUAUCAUCGGGAGUACAAUGGAUUGGCAGGAGAGCAAAUUGGGCAACAAAUUCGUCUUCGAUAAUCCGAACAUCAAAGAAGAAUGCGGCUGUGGCGAAAGCUUCUUAGUUUGAAUAACUUGCCUUUUUCCCCUCCUUUCUCACUUCAUCAUUCUUAUUCUACAUUCCUAUAUAUAUAUAUAUUCAUCAAGCUUCCAAGCAUGCAGAUGAGAUGAUGGAAAGCCUCCCUUUUUCUUCUCUUCUCACAAAUGUUCAUUCAGGAGUUCCAAACAAACAAGAUCCUCUUCAUUUGUAUAUCAUACUUGAUCCAUCCAUCUCCCCACUCCUCCGUAUAAAUUAAUCCUCUAUUUUUUUCCAACUUACCAAAUCUCUCUUCCAAUUGGUGCAUUUAAGAAUUCCUCAUUCAAUCUCAACUCUUUCUGGAUGGUCAAAAAGAAUUCACAAAAGGAAAGGGUAUCAUGCAGUCAUUAUCUAAUUAGUAGUAAACAUUUGUAGUAUGAGAUGUAUAUAUACAAAGACACAUAAGCACUCUUGUAGCCAAUUGAGUAGAUCUAUCUUCUUCAUCAAGAUAUGCUGCCAUACUAUGACAUAGUUUUUUUGCUUCAAAGGGUGUUUGGUAUUUAUGUA